GACUACAUUGGCCUUUAUAAAGCACAUCAAGCAAAGGGAUUUAUUAUUGUCUUAUUGUCGAGUUUGUGCGGAGUUUUUUUUUUGUUUUGUUUUGUUUUGUUUUGUUUUCGCGAAGCGACAUGGAGUACCGCAGCUCCUCAAAGCCGCAGCUUUCCUCACGCGCUAACGCCUUCUCCAUCGCGGCGCUAAUGUCCAGCGGCAAGCCGAGCAAGGACAAGGACGGCGCGGACAGCACCAUCAAGCCACUCGAGCAGUUCGUGGAGAAGUCGUCGUGCAGUCAGCCGCCCCUCUCGGACCUCUCCUCUUCAUCAUCAUCGUCAUCGUCGUCCUCCUCGUCGUCUUCGUCUUUGGACGCUCUGCAGCCGCUGGCCGGAGAGCUGGUCGGGAGCGCGCCGCUGUCGGCCGCGGGGGCGUGCACGGAGCCCCUCAUCCCCACCAGCCCGCCGACGCCGUGCAGCGAGGAGAUGGCCAACAUCUCGUGCAGCCUCGAGACCAAAGAACUCUGGGACAAGUUCCACGAGCUCGGCACUGAGAUGAUCAUCACCAAGUCGGGAAGGCGGAUGUUCCCGACCAUCCGUGUGUCAUUUUCGGGUGUGGAGCAAGAGUGCAAGUACAUCGUAUUGAUGGACAUCGUCCCGGUGGACAACAAGCGCUACAGAUACGCUUACCACAGAUCCUCGUGGCUGGUGGCCGGCAAGGCCGAUCCUCCUCUACCUGCCAGGUUGUACGUCCAUCCCGAUUCUCCGUUCAGCGGUGAGCAACUGAUGAAGCAAAUGGUUUCUUUCGAGAAGGUCAAACUGACCAACAACGAGCUCGACCAGCACGGACACAUCAUCCUGAACUCCAUGCACAAGUACCAGCCUCGGGUUCACAUUAUCAAGAAGAAGGAGCACACGGCCUCACUGCUCAACUUCAAGUCGGAGGAGUUCCGCACCUUCGUCUUUGUAGAAACCGUCUUCACCGCAGUCACCGCGUACCAGAACCAGUUGAUCACCAAGCUGAAGAUCGACAGUAACCCCUUCGCCAAAGGAUUUCGGGAUUCAUCGCGGCUGACGGACAUGGAGAGGGAAAGUGUGGAGAAUCUGAUCCACAAGCACUCGUACGCCCGCUCACCCAUCAGAACAUACGCCGGAGACGACGACCACAUGCCCGACGACGGGCACCCGCCACACGCCAGAGGCUCAGCGUUCACGGCCUCGGACAACCUGUCGCUGAGCUCGUGGGUGAGCGGCGGCGCGUCUGCGGGCUUCUCGGGCUUUCAGCCCCCUCCGUCGUUAUCCGCCAUGGGGGCGGGCGGAGCCGGCUCCCUGCCGCACCCCAUCCAAGGCUCGCUGCCCCCCUACGGCCGUCUGGGUGUGCCGCUGACUCCCGGCGCCCUGCAGGCCGGCGGCCCGUCCUUCCCGUCAUUCCACAUGCCGCGCUACCACCACUACUUCCAGCAAGGGCCCUACGCCGCCAUCCAGGGCCUGCGCCACUCCUCCGCCGUCAUGACGCCCUUCGUAUGACUCCUCCCCUUCCCAAAUCUCGGACCACCUCACUCUCAUCUUGUGUAAAUAGAUCACCCGGAAACGAGAACGAAAGGAUGAAAGAGACGCCAAGAAAGUCCACGAAAGGAAAAUCCUGGCGCCAAAGGACCAGAAAGCGGAGUCACCCAUGUUGUCAA